AUGAACGCACCAACACUCGCAACAGAAACCACGUUUGAUGCGAAUCGAACGAACGACACAACUAGAUUCGCACUGAUGCCCGAUUGCGACGUAUUUAUACGGAUGGGAAACCAAUCUACACGUCCGGUCGCGACUAACGCUCCGAGACUGGCGCUCGUCAAGAACUACCCCGUUACGUCGACAAUCGCACCAACAUUCCAGUUACAGAGACCUGUUUUCAACCAACCGAGGAUAUUGCUUCUUAAAAGGAACUUGAUACGAACCCCCACACAGACAGUCACGUCGGAAGCUCCUUCACGAAUGACAGACCUGAACCUGAAGUUUGAUUCCACCAGUACGUACGCUUUACUCAGUACAAAUGUACCUUCCAAUACGAUACCGCUUACGUUUAGACUGUUGAAACCAAAUACAAAUAUAGAAAAACCUAAACAGAAUAAAUCAAAUGAAUCAACUACCAUAAAACAAAAUCAACAACCAUUAGACUCAGCGGGGCAGUCUACAACAGAUAACCAACAUAAAGACCAAGAUGUAUCUAAUACCACUCUGGAAUCCUCAUUAGUAGUCCACACUAAAGAAACCAUGACACCAAAUGAGAAUCAAGAUUGUGAACAAAUCAAGUCAUCUGACCCUGACUCGGUGUCUGCAGAAAGUAAAAAUAAUGAUAGUGAAGAGGUGCAUCAGCCUGAAAGUGUCCCUGAAACUCAGAGUUCUGUUGAAAGAAAUUCUGUUAUUUGUUACAACAAUUUACAUCGGUGA